AUGCACGUAAAUGCCAAGGUCGGCAGGCAGUCGAAAAACAGCAGAGACAGUGUAAUACGCGAAAGAUUUAUAGAAGACACUAGUAUCAACACUUUUCAUCUGUUCGCAUCUAUCUAUCUAUCUAUCUAUCUAUCUAUCUAUCUAUCUAUCUAUCUAUCUGUUUCAGACUGUUUCUACCUCUCUAUGUAUUUCAGUCUGUUUCUAUCUACUACCUACCUACCUAUCUACCUACCUAUCUAUCUAUCUAUCUAUCUAUCUAUCUAUCUAUCUAUCUAUCUAUUUACAGGGACUAUAUCUAUCUAUCUAUCUAUCUAUCUAUCUAUCUAUCUAUCUAUCUAUCUAUCUAUCUCUAAAUAUUCGCUAAAAAUUAACUUACAGACAACUCUCCUUUUUAUCCCCUCCAUAAUUUAUUACUCAUUCCUCACUUUCUCUCUUGUGACUUCUCCUCCUCCUCCUCCUCCUCCUCCUCCUCCUCCUCCUCCACUCUCUCUCUUCCUCUCUCUCUCUCUCUCUAUCUAUCUAUAUUUUUUUAUCUUUCUCUCUCUAUUUCUAUAUAUCUCUAUUUCUCUCUCUAUCUCUGUCUCUCGUACUCAGACAAUUUAA